GGUUCAAGAGCCGUUUACCCGUUUGUUGACCAUCGUUUAGCUAAAUGGAUUUUUCUCUCUAUAUAAUAUCCCAUCAUCGCGCUCGAGAAUUUAUACUGUUCUUCAACAACAAAUUUCAAUAAUCGAGAGCUUCAAAUUUGAAACUUAGAAAGAGAGAUGAAGAAUGGAGUAAUUGUGGAAGACGGUUUCGUAUACAAGGAUGAAACUCAUCUCACUGUUUCAAAGACCUCUCUUUUCUUCGCCGGAGAUGGUUACACUGCUUACGACUGCAAAGGUGAACUCGUCUUUCGAGUCGACUCGUACGGCCCCGACACUCGUGACACGGGUGAACUCGUUCUCAUGGACGCCUCCGGCAGAUGCCUUCUCACCCUUCGUCGCAAGAGACCGAGUCUCCAUCAAAGGUGGGAAGGCUUCGUAGGGGAGAGAAUUGAGGGACAGAAGCCAAUCUUCUGCGUUCGUAGAUCAUCAAUAAUCGGACGGGGCAGCCUAUCCGUGGAGGUGUACACCGAUCCAGGUGAGGAGUACCAGAUCGAAGGCUCCUUCGCCAACAGGCAUUGCACCAUUUUUGAUGCGGAAAAGGAGAUAGUUGCUGAGAUUCGACGCAAAGUGGAUGCUACCACUAAUGUCAUGCUUGGAAAAGACGUUUUUUUACUUUCAAUAAAAACGGGUUUUGAUGCAGCCUUCGGUAUGGGGUUAGUCCUAGUGCUUGAUCGUAUCAACGGUGAAGAUUUAGCUGAUGAAAAUGAUGGUGGGGACCAUGGGGUGGAAGUCUCAAUCUGUAAAUCCCACCAAUGAGGAUGCAACUUUUUCUUCUUAAUUUGUAAUUUUACAUUCUUGUUUGUAUCUUUGGGUAAUUUUUGUGAUAUUGAUAUUUCGAGAA